GUACAUUUCGAACAGGUUGGAAGUCUGACAAAGUAAACGAAACACGGGCCGAGGUAGAAGGAACAGGGUGGGACUGAGCGCAAAUACUGACCGUGAUACAGACUGUGCCUACACAUCGUUACUUCCAGAGAUAGCCGUUAGCUUCUUUGAGGUCACUUCUGUACGACUGGGAAUUGUUCAACUACUUUAAGCAGCGAAACGUGCCCGCACGAGCGCCUCCGUUUUGUUUGACCGUUUUUGUGAAUCCAGUUCUGCUCCAGCUAGAAGAUGAAUGCACUGGGCAGCUCUUCCAAAUGGCCGUCGUAUGACUCGCUAACCUCCUGCUCGAGCUUCAUCGUCAGUGAGAGCGAGCAUACUGAGGAUGAAGCAGACGUCUUCUCCGAGGGAGAAGGGUACAGUGGAACAAGAAAGUCUCCCUCGGGUGAAAGAAUCACACUCUCUGGGAAUUACCUCCGUUUCCCAGCUCAUUCAGAUCGGCUGCAUUCGAGGUCUAAAAUCAACCAGCCUGAAUGCUGCCCAGACAAAACUAAGCAUCUGAACCAAACGUCUUCUCCAGGAGCUGCCAGGUUAGGCUCACCUUCAGCGACGCCUGGGGACCUGGCCUUCGCUCAGAAGUGUGCAGAUCUGCAGAAGUUUAUCCGCCCUUUGCUUGAGCUUCUACAUGGACUAAAGACCGGGCGAUUUCACAAAGGUUUAUCCACUUUCCAGCAGAGUGUUGCCAUGGACAGAUUGCAAAGGAUUCUUGGAGUUCUACAAAGACCUGAGAUGGGUGAGAAAUACCUUCAAACCCUUCUGCAAAUAGAGAUGUUACUCAAAAUAUGGUUCCCUCAGGUGGCAUUUCAGUCCAAAGAUGUACCGAGCCAGACCACCACUCCCAGACUCCAACCACACUGGCGCCAAAACCAGCUCCACAUGCCAGUUAAGAAGAGAAAACUGAGCUGGUCAGACCCUGACAACUCCUGCAAAGUCCUGACCACGCAUGAGCACCAUCAACAUGGGAGCUGCCAGGCAGCGACUCCACUCAACUCCAUUUCCAUGUGUCUACCUGGAUCACCUAAAAGACAGAGAAGUCCAGAGGAGGAAACAGUUGAAGCAGCUGAAGAUGUGUUUACAUACAGCGCUGGCACUUUAAGCAAGCCGUUAUAUUCAUGUAGCAAGAGAGAAAAGUCUGAGAUAUCUCUGGCCUCCCCUUGUAAGAGCCCAGCUACACAGGACACCUCAGUGUCCUCAAGUGACAUCAUAACCACAACUGAGUCACCUUAACUGGCCUCGGCUGACCUUGCAACCACAUGGAGGUGCCACUGCAUGCUAGCCUGAGUGAAGGCAGAGGGUGGACUUGAUUACAUAAAGAUAAAGUUAGGCGCAGAGCCAGUCUGUGAUGCCAGUGAGGCAUGUAAAACCAGAAGAGGAGGAGGAGGAGGAGGAGGAGAAAUGCUGUGAGACAUUUAUUAACCCCUAACUAUCCGGCGUGGUUUCUGAUUACACAAGAGUUCUUGCACUAUAAUACCAUGGGUGUAUAUUGUCUGUUUGUAAGAGUAUGACUUUUGUAAACAUCGACUUUCACCAAGUUAAAAAGAUGUUCGAUGUACUUUUCAUGUGUAAUGCGUUAAAGCAGUUUGUGCUCUGUUUUGUAUUUUUUUCAUAUCAUGGAAUGCAGCUCUAAUAGUAACAGUAUAGGAUUUCAUAUUACUGAUAAAAAACAGAGAGAUCUGAACAUAAGUGGACAACCAAGACGCAUCACAGUUCAUACCUGUGCCUAUCGUGUCUCCAGCUGACCACUUGUAUUCAGAUUUUAUUACUGCCUACAUCACCUAAUCACUGGAAGAUCAAAGAGUCCCGGGGCGAGUUAUAGAGCAUUAGCAUACUGUCACCAAAACAACCAACAUGUCCUGCAUUGAUGACACGGUCCUUGUUAGGGCGUAUAAGCGUUUACACCACAAAAGACGUGGUCAAAUGUGUCCAAGACCAACUCCACAAAUGGUUUGAGUGAUCGGACCACACUGUGUCUGGGUGGUCAUUUGCACUUGUGUUUAGCGAGGUCCACUUGUGAUUGGAUCACCAAAGACACAUUGCUGGCAGUAUGAAGCUAAAACCAUCAGUCAGCUGUCCAUACAAUAAUUUUUCAAGCAAAAAUGCUCCAAAUUAAUGUCUUAUAUGUGUGGUUAUGAUGGGAAACUGAACCUCUUUUGGUUUGAUUUAUGCUCCAGCAACUUGCAAUGUCCAUUUUUUCACCAUUUCUUACAUUUUAUAGACACUAAUUAAAACACUAAUCAAGGAAAUAAUUGGCAACGUAAUUUGUAGUGAAGAUAAUUGUUACUUGCAGCCCUAUUGCUGUUAAAAAAAAACAUACAAACAGGUGAUUAAAAGUGGCAUUUAGGUAGGUUAUAUUUAUAUUUUGCCAGUUGAUUGAUUGUAACAUGGAGCAAAAGCGUAAUGCCAACUUGUGCCAAACAAAAUUAUUUUGCAUUAUCAUAUCACACACACCAUACGUCUUUAUUUAUUAGCACCUAGUGCACGCAAAACAUUUUGUUCCUGUCUAUGUAAAUAAAAGUAGAUUUAGUUGCACUUUAAGUAAACGAGCAAAAUGCUGCACAGGAAAUACCACAACCAGAUCGCUGAGGAAAUAUAAGAUGGUUGGCUGGUUUUAAUAUGUUAGAUACUCUGUUAGCGUUGAAAACGUCACAUUUCAAUACACUUUUAAGUGUCUUUUUUUUUUUUUUUUUUUUAAUUAUGCAACGUGCAUAAUAUAUUUGAUCCUGUGUACAUUGGAGUAGAUGUAACAGCAUUUUGCGUGGCAAUUAAGAAAUGUUACACCAUUUGUCAACAUCAAAGAGUUGUGAUAUUAUUUAUUAAAGAUCUGUUUAGGAGGAUCAGCACUUGAAAAUGUUGACUCCAUCGACGGAUGGAUGGUUUACUGGUACUUGAAUCAGAGACUUUAUGGGCAGACUUGUCAUUUGAUUGUGUUUUAUUUGAAAUGUAACUUUGGCACUGUGGAUAGAACUGGUUGAAAGGCGUAAAAAGCAAUUUAGCCGAUUGCCAGGCUUAUUGUUCACACUAAAUGCUGCAAAUGUAUUGUGUGUCAUUAUCAGGAGUAAGAACAGCAUCUGUGUCCCAUUCAAAAUGGAUUUGUAUCACUGAAUUGCUGUUAUAAAAUUCGUGUCACUCAAAGUGCUUUACUUUUCAUUAUGUAAUACAGAAUAUCGCAGAGAUGUGAGAAACAAAACAAAAAUUUCCAUACCUGAACACAUCGGUUCUUUUUUGAUAGCAUCUGGACAUUUGCACCACCAUAUUUUAAAUCCGAUAUCAUUCAUGUUGAAUGGUGUUUCAUCUUUGGUGGUUUGUCACCAGUCAGCCUUACUUAUAUGGUAGACGUAAAGAUAACCAUAAAGUUGCCUGAAAUUCCAUCAUCAGUCAUACGAACAUUGUAUUAUUUAUUGAGCGAUGGUGAAAUCAUCAUCACACCAUUUUUGUCAUUGCAAACCAAAUGUGCUGCUGUGUAUAUGAAGAUGUUAUCAUUGGCCCCGAGUUAUGGUAUUGAAAAUGGAAACUCUCAGCGUGUUUGUGGGAAACAACAGUGCAGUGAGCUGUAGUUCUGGCAUUUAAAACGUAGCAUCCAACUCUACACUUUUUUGUUGUGCUGCAUUACACAUCUUUCAUUUGUGGAAAAAGGAGAAAAACUGAAAGUAGAGUAAUUCCCAUUUGUCUGUCUCUCUUUUUUUCCUGAUUUUAGUUCCCUUUUGUUUCAGGCUAUUUUUUUGUUUCUUACAAUAAAAUUGUCAUUAUUGGUGACUGAUUGAAAAA